AUGGGAAAGAAAGGCAAGGAAAAGGCCACAGCGGCACCUUCGGGAGCUGCCGUGGCCGCUAACGCAUCAUCAUCAUCAAAGAAAUCUUCAUCUAAAUCAGGUAAAAAUGCUGCCGCAUCGCAGCCAAAUGACGAUUUUAUAGUAUUUACAAACUCUACCAAUGAUUCUAAGUCCAAUAAGAAAGGUGGCGGAGGCGGAGGUUCUUCGAAUGUCGGAGGAAAGAAGACUGAAGCGGGCGAGUCGGCAACAGCAGAGGUUCCAGGCCCUCCCAAACCGACGGUGAAGCAGAUUAUCGGAGGAGCCAGUUGGACUGGUAAACUACCUGUGAACUUGCUCUCGGAGCAUUGUCAAAGGCAGAAGUGGGACAAGCCCGACUACCAGCUUAUAAGAAGUUCAGAGGGCAUCUCAUAUUUCGUCCAGCUUAGUGCCAAGAAUCCCAAGACCCAGGAGGUACAGAAGCUGCCUCCUUUUAAGCUGCCACCAGACUAUAAGAAUCUAGUGACCAGGGAGACUCCUUUAGAAGCCAGACAUGCAGCCGCUACCUAUGGCCUAUUCAGGGUCUGCAGUAUGAAAAAUAUACAUACCACCCUACCCCCAGAUUAUAGAGCACUAUGGAAGAAAUUCGAAGAACUAAAGAAGGAAGAUGUAAAAAAGGGAAACGCAUGGAUGUAUGAUGCGGAUCCUUUCGCUAGUCUGAAGCAGCGAGAAGAUGAGAAAGCUGCUGCGGAAAAGAAACGAAAAGAGCAGGAUGCAAUCAGGGAAAAGGCGAAGAAUAUGCCCGGUGCAUCUGGUUUAGUCCUCCGAAGCAAUGCUGCAUCCUCUUCUGGAGGAGGUAAUAAUCCCAUGAAAGGAUGGACGACGAUUCCAAAGAUCGAAAUGGGUCGGAAAACACGGUCCCAAUUAGAAGAUUUGCUUCGACGGGAAGUAAUCUGGAACCCGCAUGGUGUUAAUAUGUCGACUUCCCUGAAAGAGGCUGUCAUCAAGGAACUUACUAACUCUGGCUUCCGGAAGAGCCAUGUAGAAGAAGCCGUCGAAGAAUGCAAAGACCGUGAAGAGACUCUAGAGUGGCUAUUAAUACACGUACCUGAGGAUGAUCUUCCUAGAUGGGCUUUACCAGGGAGUUAUAGCGCUGGUAUUUCAGUGGCUGCGACGCAAGACUUGAAGCGUGAGGCAGCAGUAAAGCGGUUGUCUCAGUCAGGCUACUCUGCUGAGCUGUGUCGAAAGCUAUACGAUGAGAAUAACGGAAACGAAGGCGUAACCGCCGAGGCAUUACAGCACUUUCUGCUCUCUAGUGGUAACGACUCGGCAUUCGCAAAUGAUGUCGAAGAACCAUUCAUAUCAGGCACUCCGGAGGAAUGUUGGGAUGAUGAAAUGGAAAGUCUCUCAUCUGUAUUCGGCGAGCAUUUCAAGCGCUUAUCUGACGACGUUUGCCAAAUUCGAAUUGAUUCGGUUAGGAAUGGUCCCAAGAAGGACGUCGAGACUUACGUACAAUUCCGCAGAACGCCGCGGUAUCCAUCUGAAGUUGUUGUGGCCGUGGUGGCAGAUCUGCCCUCUUAUAUUAAACUCAGCAUAGUUAAGAAGACUCUUGCCUAUCUUAACGAGUCUCUCAGCGAAGAACCAAUGAAGAUCUACUUUGCUGUUGAUUGGGUUCAACAAAACAUCAACACUAUUAUCGAGAAUCCGGGAAAGCUGAGAGACAUAUCAGGCGUUGCGUCUACCGCAGCAGAGACACGUCACGUUAUCCCAGUAAAGCAGAGGUCUUCAAGGCAUCCGAAACCGUUGUCAUGGACUGUAAAUACACGCAGCAAGGAAGAGUGGCAAAAAAGGCAAGACAGCCCUGCGCUCAAAGAAAUGUUAGCUCAACGACAGAAGCUACCCGCUUGGCAAGCAAGAGAUCUAGUCAUCGAUACAGUCUCACAGAAGCAAGUCACAAUUAUUGCUGGCGAAACGGGCUCUGGUAAGUCUACGCAAUCGGUCCAAUUCAUUCUAGACGAUUUGUAUAGUAAAGGACUUGGUCACGCUGCGAGUAUUAUAUGUACGCAACCACGCAGGAUCUCUGCUCUCGGCCUUGCAGACAGAGUCAGCGACGAGCGCUGCUCUAAGAUUGGUCAAGAAGUGGGUUACACCAUUCGUGGAGAGAACAAAACUAGCCCUCAGACCAAAAUAACUUUCGUUACCACUGGUGUGCUCUUGAGACGUCUGCAGACUUCUGGCGGGCGGACCGAGGAUGUAGUUGCAUCUUUAGCUGAUGUAAGUCAUGUUGUUAUUGACGAAGUUCACGAGCGGAGUCUGGAUACGGAUUUCCUCCUUAGCAUUGUUCGCGACGUCUUGAAACAGAGAAAAGACCUUAAGCUUAUUCUUAUGAGCGCCACACUCGACGCAGCAACUUUUCAAAGCUACUUUACUUCCGAAGGACUACAGGUUGGCUUGGUCGAGAUUGCUGGUAGGACGUACCCCGUUGAGGAUUACUAUCUUGACGAUAUAAUUCGCAUGACGGACUUUACUGUGGACAAUAAUAGGUAUCGUGAUCGGGAUGAGGGAAUGUUCGACUCCACAGAGCAAGGCGGUGGUGAUAAAGGACCACAAGAUCCGAUUAAUAAGACUAUCCAGAGGUUGGGUUCUCGGAUCAACUAUUCCUUGCUCGUGGAGACGGCAAAGGUUAUUGAUGCAGAUCUAUAUCACAGCAACAAGAAGGGUGGAAUUCUUAUAUUCCUACCGGGUGUUGCGGAGAUCAACCGGACAGUCAACCAACUCAGGAAUGUCUCAUCCCUUCAUGUUCUACCUCUUCAUGCCUCCCUUGAUACGCGCGAGCAACGAAAAGUAUUCACAAGCGCUCCUUCUGGAAAGCGAAAGGUCGUAGUUGCUACGAAUGUAGCAGAGACGUCUAUCACCAUAGACGACAUUGUUGCCGUUAUCGAUACAGGAAAGGUGAAGGAGACGAGCUUCGAUCCUCAGAAUAAUAUGCGCAAGCUCGAGGAGACGUGGGCUUCCCGCGCCGCUUGCAAGCAACGCCGAGGACGUGCCGGUCGAGUACAGGCUGGUAAAUGUUAUAAACUGUACACGAAGAAUCUUGAACAGCGGAUGGCGGAACGCCCAGAGCCGGAGAUUCGGCGUGUGCCUCUUGAGCAGCUUUGCUUGUCGGUGCGAGCUAUGGGAACUAAAGACGUCGGUGGAUUCCUGGGGAGGACACCAACACCGCCGGCUAUUUCUGCUGUCGAGAACGCUGUCAAGAUGCUGCAACGAAUGGGUGCGCUUGAUGGCGAGGAGCUGACCGCUCUCGGACAGCAACUAGCUAUGAUCCCCGCCGAUCUGCGUUGCGGAAAGCUUAUGAUAUACGGCGCUAUUUUCGGCUGUCUUGAUGAGAGCAUCUCUAUCGCUUCUAUCCUAAGUACCAAGAGUCCAUUCGUAUCUCCUCCAGAGAAACGGGAUGAUGCAAAAGCUGCUCGCAUGAAAUUUUUCAGAGGCGAUGGCGACCUCCUCACGGAUUUGAGAGCUUUCCAGGAGUGGAACGCCAUGAUGGAAGGGGGUACGCCGCAGCGACAAUUACGACAAUUCUGCGACGAGAACUUCCUUUCCUACCAGACCCUCAAUGAUAUCUCAGCAACCCGGACACAAUAUUAUUCCGCACUCUCUGAGUUAGGCAUACGCGAAACCCGCCCCGCGGGCAACCAAGCAUCACAGGCUCUCGUACGUGCGCUUACUGCUUCAGCGUUCACACCGCAGAUAGCACGGAUACAGUUUCCAGACAAGAAAUUCGCUACGUCGAUGUCGGGCGCGGUAGAAAUCGACCCGGAAGCUAGGACAAUCAAGUACUAUACACAGGAGAACGGCCGCGUGUUCAUCCAUCCUGCAAGCACACUGCAUGAUAGUCAAGGAUUUUCAGGCAAUGCUGCGUUCCUGUCCUAUUUCAACAUGAUGUCUACGAGCAAGAUCUUCAUUCGAGAGUUAACUCCGUUCAACUCCUUCACGUUGCUCUUGUUCUCUGGCGCUAUCGAGCUCGAUACUCUUGGCAGGGGCCUCGUGGUUGAUGGAUGGCUAAGGCUACGUGGUUGGGCUAGGAUUGGUGUCUUGGUCUCAAGGCUCAGGGGCAUGGUAGACAACAUCAUCGCGCUGAAGGUUAACGAUCCGCACGUGGACGUUCGCGAUAACGAGGUGAUUAGAAUGGUGGCUAAGCUUAUAGAACUAGAUGGCCUAGACGCUUGA